ACGUUAAAGGAAGUAAAUGUAUUUGGGAGUCCAGCUCCGGAACCCAGGAGCUCUUUUAGUGGGAGGGGCGGUGCUGAUAGCGCUUCUGGCCUCCGAUAGCUAGAGGGCGCUGUGAUCGCAGCGUGGCCUCUUGGGAGGUGGGAGUUCACCCAAGUGUAUUCUGGCCUUUUCGUCGUCCCCACGUGCGAACCUUCCCGGCAGUAUUUUCAAGAAAAAUGCCCAAGUUCAAGGCCACCCGUGGGGCCGGGGGUCAGGAAAAACAUGCGCCCCUGGCUGAGCAGAUCCUAGCUGGGAAUGCGUUGCGGGCAGGGGUCCGGGAGAAGCGGCGGGGUCGUGGCACCGGAGAAGAGGAGGAAGAGUAUGUGGGGCCUCGGCUGAGCCGACGGAUUUUGCAGCAAGCACGGCAGCAACAGGAGGAGCUCGAGGCCGAGCAUGGGACUGGGGACAAGCCCGCGGCGCCGCAGGAACGCACCACGCGGCUGGGUCCAAGAGUGCCUCAGGAUGGAUCAGAUGAAGAGGACGAGGAGUGGCCCACGCUGGAGAAGGCUGCCACAAUGACAGGGGUGGGCUACCAUGCAGAGGUGGUGGUGGACCCUGAGGAUGAGCGUGCCAUAGAGAUGUUCAUGAACAAGAACCCUCCUGCCAGGCGCACCCUGGCGGACAUCAUCAUGGAGAAGCUGACUGAGAAGCAGACAGAGGUUGAGACAGUCAUGUCAGAGGUGUCGGGCUUCCCUAUGCCCCAGCUGGACCCCCGGGUCCUGGAGGUCUACAGGGGGGUCCGGGAGGUAUUAUCUAAGUAUCGCUGUGGGAAACUGCCCAAGGCAUUUAAGAUCAUCCCUGCACUCUCCAACUGGGAGCAAAUCCUCUAUGUCACAGAGCCUGAGGCCUGGACUGCAGCUGCCAUGUACCAAGCCACCAGGAUUUUUGCCUCUAACCUGAAGGAACGCAUGGCCCAGCGCUUUUACAAUCUUGUCCUGCUCCCACGAAUACGAGAUGACAUUGCUGAAUACAAACGACUCAACUUCCAUCUCUACAUGGCUCUCAAGAAGGCCCUUUUCAAACCUGGAGCCUGGUUCAAAGGGAUCCUGAUUCCACUGUGCGAGUCUGGCACUUGUACCCUUCGGGAAGCCAUCAUUGUGGGUAGCAUCAUCACCAAGUGCUCCAUCCCUGUGUUGCACUCCAGUGCGGCCAUGCUGAAAAUUGCUGAGAUGGAAUACAGCGGUGCCAACAGCAUCUUCCUGCGACUGCUGCUAGAUAAGAAGUAUGCACUGCCUUACCGGGUGCUGGAUGCCCUAGUCUUCCACUUCCUGGGGUUCCGGACAGAGAAGCGUGAACUGCCUGUGCUCUGGCACCAGUGCCUCCUGACUUUGGUCCAGCGCUACAAGGCCGACUUGGCCGCAGACCAGAAAGAGGCCCUCCUAGAACUGCUCCGGCUGCAGCCCCAUCCACAACUAUCCCCCGAAAUCAGGCGUGAGCUUCAGAGCGCAGUCCCCCGAGAUGUGGAAGAUAUUCCCAUCACCACGGAGUGAGGAAAACAGUCACUGCCCUGGCCCAAGGGGUUUGGAAGGACACCAAGACCGGUGUUGGUGACUAAAGAUGACACUGAGCCUUAAUGGCUGAAGACCUAGAUCAGGGCAGUGACAGGUCACAGGGACAUCUGUGGCUCCCAGUCCAGGACAGGAAGAACUGAGGGUCUGGCUGGUUCCCUCUUCCAUUCAAGGCCCUUAUCCCUGUUCAGUUCUGAGAGCCAACUUGAGUUACCAUAUGCUAGGAUUCCCAGUCCCCAGCUGGGGCUUGGUGUGGUACUUUUUCUAUGGCUGUUGCAUCAGCCCACUGUGGAUAAAAGCAAAGGCAGAUAUUUAUUGAA